CCUGCGCGAGCCCCGGACUCGAAGCAGCCAUGAUGGAAGGCCUGGAUGACGGCCCCGACUUCCUCUCGGAGGAAGACCGCGGACUUAAAGCAAUAAAUGUCGAUCUCCAAAGUGAUGCUGCUCUGCAAGUGGACAUUUCGGAUGCUCUUAGUGAAAGGGAUAAAGUCAAGUUCACUGUUCACACGAAGAGCUCGUUGCCAAAUUUUAAACAAAAUGAAUUUUCGGUCGUUCGACAACAUGAGGAAUUUAUCUGGCUUCAUGAUUCCUUCGUUGAAAACGAAGACUAUGCAGGUUACAUUAUCCCACCAGCACCACCAAGACCUGACUUUGAUGCUUCACGGGAAAAACUGCAGAAGCUUGGAGAAGGGGAAGGGUCGAUGACAAAGGAAGAGUUCACCAAGAUGAAACAGGAGCUGGAAGCUGAAUAUCUGGCAAUUUUCAAGAAGACGGUUGCAAUGCAUGAGGUGUUCCUGUGUCGUGUGGCAGCACAUCCUAUUUUGAGAAAGGAUUUGAAUUUCCACGUCUUCUUGGAAUAUAAUCAAGAUUUAAGUGUUCGAGGAAAAAAUAAAAAAGAAAAGCUUGAGGAUUUCUUUAAAAACAUGGUUAAAUCAGCGGAUGGAGUCAUUGUUUCAGGAGUAAAGGAUGUAGACGACUUCUUUGAGCAUGAACGAACAUUCCUUUUAGAAUAUCAUAACCGAGUUAAGGAUGCAUCUGCCAAAUCUGACAGGAUGACAAGAUCUCACAAAAGUGCUGCUGAUGAUUACAAUAGAAUUGGGUCUUCAUUAUAUGCUUUAGGAACUCAGGACUCUACAGAUAUAUGCAAGUUUUUCCUCAAAGUUUCAGAACUGUUUGAUAAAACCAGAAAAAUAGAGGCCCGAGUGUCUGCUGACGAGGACCUCAAGCUGUCUGACCUGCUGAAGUACUACUUACGGGAGUCUCAAGCAGCUAAGGACCUCCUCUACAGAAGGUCGAGGUCACUGGUGGACUACGAAAAUGCCAAUAAAGCACUGGACAAGGCAAGAGCAAAAAACAAAGAUGUCCUACAGGCGGAAACGUCCCAACAGUUGUGCUGUCAGAAGUUUGAAAAAAUAUCUGAAUCUGCAAAACAAGAACUGAUAGAUUUUAAGACAAGAAGAGUUGCUGCGUUCAGAAAAAAUUUAGUGGAGCUUGCAGAACUAGAACUAAAACAUGCAAAGGGCAACCUCCAGUUGCUGCAGAACUGCCUUGCAGUUUUAAAUGGAGACACAUAGGCCACACUCCGCCUCCUGCUGAAAAGGGCUGCCUUCAAAUCUCCUUUGAUUUCUUGAUGACUCUGGCAUCUAAGCUCACUGGGAACAACAGGAACAGCUGGCGAGGUGCAUCAGCUCUUCUUCUGAGAGACGAUGGAGCAGCAAGGCUCACUGGCCUCAGGGCAGUGGCCUGCCACCCCUGCACUUGACCUUCCAAGAAGCCCAAAGUUCAACUCUCUUUUUUCUUUAAGUAGCCUGUCUUAACUGUGCUUGUUUCCUCCUUACCUUUGAAUCACUUGUCCAGUUUUAACAUUCUCAAGAGUCCCUUGAUCACACAAGAUAAAGGUUGCCUUCUGUUUUGUUUUGUUUUUAAGCAUCCUGUGCCCUGAGUUCUUUCAUGUAUCUAUGUAAAACAUUUAAUGAGACUUACUUUGAAUUAAUGAACGUAGACGUUUUGGGUCAGUUUCUGUGAGUUUUAUAAGUAUGAUUGAUCUUUGAAGAAAAGCAGAUGCGCUAGUAUGUUUGCCUUAAAUUUGUGGACUAAACCAACAUUGUGAAACGAAAUGCCCAGCGAUACCAGUGGCGUUUUAACUCCGUCUCCUUGUAUCGCUCUGGAAUUUGGGGUAGCGAUAAUAAAUCUACUCCAGUGUUAUGCUUUACAAUGCAGGGUUUUUGUUUUCCUCACCUGAUUUCUUUUGAAAUGGCCAAUUGAACCACGUUCACCGAAUGCUUUACCAUAGGGCGACCUGGUCUUCUGGGUGCACUAAACAGAAGGGGCAGCUGGACAGAGGCAGACAGUUGGCAUUCCCUAAAUGCAGGAGCAUCAUGGUUCACUGGUUCCCGUCCCCAGCUAGCAGAAACAGCUCUGGAGCAUGGGGAGGGAAGUGGAUUCCCUGGGACUAAAGUUGGUAUGCAGCUGGGUUGCCGGGGGGCCAGUGGACCCGUGUCAGGCGUGCCCGGUCUUUUCCAUGGGGGCAGACGUGAGCCUCGUUCCCAGCAUAAAGUUAGGGCAAAUGGACUUACUGUCUUUUCUCAAGUCCUCCCCUAUUUGGGAAGCCACGAGGAUUUGAGCUGGUCACCCCUGGAACAGAUUCCUAGUUUGUUUACAAUUUUCCAAGCCGUCCCGAAGGUUGCAGGUCCCCUCGCAGGCAGUUGCCCUGACCCCCACCCACCCAACCAGCCUUUCUUGAUGCAUGUUCUCUCGCCUCGUGUGCUGGUCCGUGUCCUCUCCCUCUCCGACUGAUACUUCCCCGUCCUGUUCAGAGUUGGUUUCCUGUUGUUGGCCGAGAGAUCCUUUCCGUCCUUCCUGUUUGUGACCUUCGAUGGUAGAAAUACACCCACGCGAUGGCCGCCGUGGGUGAGUGCAAGCCCAGGAGCCCCUGCUUCUGGACUUGGUCCGGCCCUCCCUCCCCAGCUGCCCUUGUGGCCACAGUCCGGUUUGAUUUCUGCCUCCGUUCUCUGCUAUAAAGGACAUGUUGACCUACCUCACAGGGGUGUUGUGAGGGUUAAUAAAUGAUGGUUCCAUGC